UUUUAAACAAAACUAAUGAUUUGAUUUUAAAUAUUCAAGAAGUCAAUGUUUUCAAUACAUCGAAAAAGGAAAACGCUACCAUAACGAUAACGUGAGAAAAGAGACUCAAAUCAAUCAAAGACAGUGAAAAAACGAAGUGCUAACUUCUAUGUAACUUUGCUAUGUAUUUUAAAUGAACACAGUCUAGUAGUUGUAGACUUCUUAAGAGUAAUAUUAAGGAAAUUUAUCUUUUUGUUAAGUCAGUGCUAAUUAUCUAAGACAGAAGAUAUUUUCAAAUAAAAUGUAGAGUUCCUACUUUAAUUUACAAUGUAAUGGAAUUUUUAUGGAAAAUUAUUCAAGACAAGGUAAAUUAUCCCUUAACUGUAAUUGAGGAUAACAAUGGAGGCAAAUAAGUCUGAAUCAGUUCAACGAAGUGAUAUUGUCCUAUGAAAUAAAGUAAGUGAUGAUUGGCAAAAGCGUUUCGAUUCCCGACGGUGCGAUGAGUUUGUCAGAUGAUGUUGAUAAUCCUGCUCCAAGCCUAAACAGAUAUUGUAGAAAUUUUAUCAGAGGAUUUUGCUUAAGAGAAAAUUGUAGAUAUUUACACGAACUACCACCGAAAGCUCGCUUAAAAGAGUUAUUUCGUUUCUGUCAUGAUUUCCAAAACAAAGGAUGUUUCCGAGCGAAUUGCAAAUUUGUCCAUAGUUCUGUGGAAGAAGAAGAACAUUUUUAUGCAACAGGAACAUUUCCACGCGAUCCUCGUAACAUAAUACCGGUCUGCUUAAAUUAUAUACAUGGAACAUGUCCUAAUCAAGAUUGCAAGCUAAUUCACCCAGAAGUAGUUGGUAAUGAGACAGUUCCUAUAUUAAAUGCCCCACCUCCAUCAUUUAAUCGCCCCCCACCUAAUAUUAGAGAUGACGAUUCACCUCCAGAGGCUAAAUUUAGACGAUUUGCUUAUGAAGAAGCCACACUUGACAAACAAGUUUUGUCACCAUCAAAUAUAUGCAACAAUUGUGAAGCUUUGAAUCAUAAGGUCAAAUUAUUGCAUGAUAAUAUUAGUGUUUUAUUGACAAAAGUAGCUGAUUUGACUGAAAAGAAUGUGCAAUUGACUUCCAUGAAUGAGUUCUUACUUGAGCAAAAUUCAGUAAGAAAUAACCAACCAUGUGUGAUCACAUCUAGACAUGGAACUUCAGCACCUGUGUCAUUGGCAACUGUCAGUGUGACCCCAGUGGUGAGUUUAGCUGGAGCACUGCCCACUUUGGUUCCAGCUGCAGCAACACCUAAUUUAACAUUGGCACCAGCAGCAUCUCGUGCACAACUUCUAACUCCAGCACCGCAAAUACUUACAGUGAGCACAACUCAGCAAUUAAUGGGCAAUUCCGGAGCAUUGAUUGUGACUAGCGCAGGAGCACAACAGCUUAUGCAAGUCAGUGACUCUGGCACUUUAAUGGGCGGGGGUCAGACUGUUGUUGCAGUGACACCAGCACAAUUGACUUUAGCCCCACCCACACAACAAUUAAUGGGCAACGGCCCUCAAACUGCUGUUCAACAGCUUGUCCAGCAAUCUGCAUUACAAUCACAGCUGGCACCACAACAUCAAGCAUCACAGUAUGCAGCAGCACAGCAAUCUGUUCAGCAUUUGGCAGCUCAACAGUCUGCUCAGCAUUUAGCUGUGCAACAAUCUGCUCAACAUUUAGCUGCACAGCAGUCAGCCCAACUGGCUGCACAACAAUCUGCCCAGCAUUUAGCCGCUCAACAGUCUGCUCAGCAUUUAGCAGCGGCUCAACAAUCUGCUCAACAUCUUGCUGCAGCCGCUCAGCAGUCAGCGCAACAGUUAGCUGUAGCCCAACAGUCAGCUCAACAAAUGGCAGCUCAACAAUCUGCUCAACAACAGUUAGUUCCCUCUGGGCAGCAAUUAGUGCACCAAACAUCUACUCAACAAAUAACAAUUUCCAGCAGUAGUCAACCAAUGGCUUUAACAAAUUCUCAAACUCAGCCUAUGACAUUUCCAAUCAUAUCUCAAAGCAUUUUGCCCCAUUGAGAAUAUAAGUUACUCUU